AUUGUAUUUACAUUUCAAAUGUUUUUUUGUUAUUAUAAUUAUUUUUGAAGUAAUUUAAAACAAGAGACGAAUCCAUAAUCAAAGUUAUGAUAAUAUAAGACACGGAAGUAAUCAAACACAAGACAUGAGUGUCACGAUUGAUGUCAACGACAUGUUUCAAGAAAUGGUUAAACAAAAUGAAAGACUUGUCAAAGAAAUUGAAUUUUAUGAAGAAGUGGUCAACGAUUUGAUGAUAAUUGUAAAGACAUGUAUUGUUUGUCAACAAAAUAAUGUCAUAAAAGACAGAAUCAAUCGAUUGGAGACACACUUGAAGAGUAAAACAACCGAUAAUUCAAUUAUAGUUAAGAAUGAAUAUAUUGUAUACAAUGAUGAUUACGAUAACAACUUGAAGACAACAAAUGAAGACAAUGGAUGUGUUCAAGAGAUUACAGAUUUUGAUAGUUAUAUAUCAUGUGAGACGAGUGAUGGCAACAAAUCAGACAACAGUUUAGAAAGAGAUUUAAUUAGUAGUUUGAAGACAAAGUCAUUGUCGAGAACUAAAAAAAGAAGUGUUAAAGACGUUACAGAUUCUGUUAAGACAAGUGAUGCUAACGAAUCAGUUAACAGUUUGACAAUAAAUUUAAAGACAAAGUCAUUGAAAAAAACUAAGUCAAAUGAAAAAAGUAUUUCAGAAAAUGUCGACAAACUUGAAGACAAUAACAAUAAGAGUAAUGCAGUUAAUAGUGGGAAACGUAUGAAAUCAUUCAUUAGUGAUGAAUAUGAACAACAAAAACAAAAAUUAAGAGAAGAAACACUUACCAGUGAUGGCAGCUAUCAGUGCCAGACAUGUGAUUAUAAAAGUAAAAAAUUUCCUGAAUGCGAGUCACACGUCAACCGAUGUCACCUUAAGAUUAAUCCAUACAAAUGUGACAUUUGUGGCGAACAGUUUGUCGGUUAUGGACCUCUAAGACGACAUAAGAGUCUCAAACACUAUUAUGUUGGCGAAGGUUUGGAUCAAUUAACUGAUCGACGAAAAUCUCAAAUCGUCAGAUCACUGAACAAAUAUCAGUGUCAAUAUUGUCAAAAAUUUUUACGUACCGAACAACUUCUCAAUGAACACGUGUCGCGCGUGCAUUACAACGUGAAACCCGGUGUAACGUUUGGUUGCGAUAAGUGUAACAAAUUAUAUUUUAACAGAACUUCACUUAAUAUUCACAAACGUAAACAACACGGUAUCGGCAGAGAAGUAAAGUAUUAUCACUGCGAUUGGAUUGGCUGUCAGUUCAAAACGUCAAGUGUUUCAAUGGUCACAGUGCAUCAAAAAAGACAUUUAGGUAUCCGUGACUAUGUAUGUGAUUAUCCCGGAUGUCAGGUUCAGACGGCCACCAUAAGUGAACUUAAUAAUCAUAAGUUAGUUCACAGCGAUAGCUAUAACUAUCGGUGCCAAUGGCCUGGUUGCGAGUUUCUCACUAAAUCAAAGAGAGGUUUGAAGUUACACACAGAGAAAGUUCAUGAGGAAAGUUCUCCUAAAUUUGCGUGUCAUUGGACCGGAUGUGACAAAACAUUUAGAUUUAACUCUUACUUAAAACAACAUCUGAAACUACAUAACGAACCAGACCUUCCCUGUCCUUUCUGUAGUAAACUGUUUAAGACUAAGAGUGCUGUGGAUAUUCAUGUGAGAACCCAUACGGGAGCUAUACGUGUACCCUGUCCUGUACCGGGAUGUCAGAUACAGAUAUCAGGCAAAGCUAAUAUCAAACAUCAUAUGAGAUAUCAUCAUAAGGAUUGGACACCCAAUAAGUCAUUGAUUAAAUAACUAACUAUUAGUGAAUUUGCUAUUUAUUAUUAUUAUUAUU